UUGCAUACCAAUCUUUUGCUUUGUUAGGUAWUGAUUAAAGGUUGGUAGUCCUGCGCAAUUCUUCCUSAUUGGAUGACAUUACGUCUGUCAUUCUUUUUUGACAGAAUUGCAUUUCGCGAUGGCAGACGCAGCAGCGAAGAAGCCUAAAGCGACCAAAACCGCGAAAGAAGGUGCGGAGAAUGUAGCACCGAAAAAAAGGAUUCAUAAGAGACAUGGAAGGUUAUACGCUAAAGCGAUUUUCACGGGUUACAAACGCGGUCUUCGCAACCAACACGAAAACACCGCACUUUUGAAAAUUGAGGGCACGAAUGCCAAGCCUGAUAGCUGGUUCUACGUUGGAAAGAAGUGCGUUUACGUGUACAAAGCUAAGAACAAGACUUGUGUUCCUGGAAAACCGAAAUCGGUGAAAAGUAAGGUUAGAGCCAUCUGGGGUAAAGUAACGAGACCGCAUGGCACCAGUGGAGCCGUCAGGGCCAAGUUUAAGAGGAAUUUGCCGGCAAAGGCUAUGGGACAUCGCAUUCGCAUUAUGUUAUAUCCCUCCAGGAUCUAAACUUUUUACAUUGUAACAUAAGUUAUAAAAAAAUAAAUCAAUUUUUAUUGAUAA